UCCCCUUUAAUUCAGAUGCCAUUCAGCUAAAAGCAAUGGCUUCUUUCGGCCGAAUGUCUUUAGCGGUUCUGUUCAUAGGGCUUUGUGUAGUCACAUGGAGAGAUUUAACAUCCACUCAGUCGGAACCAACUUCACAGAAAGAUAUCAAGUCAUUGAAACUGAGUAAAUUCGCUGGUCCCACCCUCAAGUUUAUGUUUUGUUAUUCCUGAGGUUACCGAAAAGUGUUUGAGCAAUAUGCACAAGCAAUUCAUCAAAGAUUUCCUAAUCUCCAAGUUGAAGGCGAGAACUUUCCACCUCCAACUAUCAAGGCAGUUAUAGCACAGUUUCUCAGUAUAUUCAAGUUGUCCUUAAUAGGUAUCAUUUUAUCAGAGUUUAAUCCUUUCCAUUAUCUCAAUAUGCAAACUCCUAGUGUUUUCACUUGGGCCACUUCAAAUAAGAUUUAUUCUUGUAUGAUGGUCUUCUUUCUAAGUAAUGCUCUUGAAGGGCAUAUGAUUUCUACCGGAGCUUUUGAAGUAACAUUCAAUGAUGUUCCAGUUUGGUCCAAACUUGAAAAUGGACGUAUUCCAUCUCCAAGCGAAAUGUUCCAGAUUAUAGAUAAUCAUAUGAGACUUCAUAAGGAUGAUCUCGCCUAAUUUCUAUCUCAAGCUGCCUAUAUAUUAUAUAUAUAUAUUUAUAAAACCGUGUGUCAUCUUGGCACCUUGACACUUGCUUUUUGUAUGCUGAGCCAGUGAAGGCCAGGGUAUAAACCAGUCAUAUGCUGGAGACUCUGGCUGGAUGUCUUUGGACACUUCUGCAUGCAAGAAUCACGUGCUGAUGUAUUGGAUUUCACACAGACAACUAUUUCUACAUGAUCAGUAAAUAA